GAAAAUAAAUCUGAAUUUCAAAAAGUUAUCUGAUAAAUACUUAUAUAUUUUACACGUAUUGUUGUCGAAUGGUCGAUGCGGAAUUGCAGACGACUUUUAAAAGCAGAGCCAGCGUUGCGAUCGGUAAAGUAGUGCAGCACUGGUCGUCAAAAACAAAAGACGCAGAUCAAAACACUUUGUUAUUUAAAACUGGAUAAGUGGCGAUAAACGGUCUUCUACAAUCAACUAUAAUGCCGACGAAAUCGAAAUUGCCCCGAAAUAAGGCACCACCUCCAAAGCUGGUGAAACCACCAGAAACACAGCAAAGCACAUCAAAUACAGAACCUGCCAGAACAGCAAGUGGAUUAAAUCAAGAAGCUGAGGACCAAUUUGAACUAGAGUUAUGUUGGUGUAUCCAACAAUUACAAGCUGGACUGAUGGACAUGAAACUCCAGGAUAAACAAGUCUACAACAUGACCAAAAGCUUGAACGUACUCAAGAGCAAUAAUGCAUCGCUUAUUAAGAAACGACAAGUGAUGAGAAACACUUUUGGUGAUUACAGAACCAAAAUGGCAGAGGAUGAAAAGAAAUUCAGCAAGACCACAUCAUUUGUAAAAUUCACAUCCAGCAAAAAACCUGAAAAGAAAUCAAUGUUCAUAAAGAAAGCUUGCAAUUCAACGGAUCCAAAUGAGAAAGUCUCAGAAUCUGAUGUCAAAGAGGCAAACAGCAAAGCGAUAAUAAAUCCAGACGUAUCGAACGAACCAUUCAAAUUUAACUUUUGUCUCAGUGAAUCAUGAAAUAAUUGUCUUGUUUACUAUAUUCAUAUUUGAUGUACACAUAUACUGACUUUAUAUAGAGUUAAAUUUAAUUUGAUACGUUUAUUUAAAUAAAAAAAUGUUGAAAACUAUUUUACAUA